AUGACCACACGCCCACAGGCUCACACGUUCACACGCCCAGACGCCCACUCGUCCACACGUCCACACGCCCAGACGCCCACACGUCUACAUGUCCACACGCCCACACGUCCACUCGACCACACGUCUACACGCCCGCACGUCCAGACGCCCACUCGUCCACACGUCCACACGUCCACACGCCCAGACGCCCACACGCCCACACGUCUACAUGUCCACACGCCCACACGUCCACUCGACUACACGUCCACACGCCCGCACGUCCACACGUCCACUCGUCAAUUCUUCUCAGCCUAG